AUGGCACAGCUCUUUGGCCCCAUGAAGGAGGGCACUGCUUCAUCCAGCAGUGUCAUACAUAUCAAAGACAUGGAAGCAAAGGUGUUCAAGGCUUUGCUUAGCUUCGUCUACACAGACUCAUUCCCUGAGAUGUACGAGGAAAUCAUGGAGGAGAAUGCAAUGUCAGCAGCAGCCGAGGAACAAGGACAAGAAGUGGAAGAGGUGGAGGAUGAAACGGGGCUGCAAUGGCUGCUAGAUUUGCUUGUAGCAGCAGACCGAUACGAUCUCCAGCGCCUCAAGUUCAUCUGUGAAAAGCAGCUGUCUCAGCGGAUAGGUAUGAGCUCGGUGGCAUCAGUUCUUGCUCUAGCCGAGCAGCACCACUGCCAUGGAUUGAAGGCGGCGUGCUUGAAGUUUAUCCAAGCCCAAUCUCCCUCGCGUUUGCAGACAGUAAUGGCGACUGAUGGUUGGGAUCAUGUAUAUACGACAUAUCCCUCUCUUGUGAAUGGGUUCAUUGCCAAGCUUAUUGCUUCGACCCAGAAGUAA